AAAGAAACUUUAGAAGCUGCGACUGCUCACAAGGUCGAGAACUUGCCGUCUGUAGAUCCCCUCUUCUUUCCUGGGCGAUAUUAAUCGAGGAUGUUGAAGAACGAGGCGUACGUGGAAGGUAAAACGUCGGUGUGGUGGGAUAUUGACCGCUGUCCGGUUCCCGUUGGUUACGAUGCUUGUCGGGUCGGUCCGUGUAUACAAUCGGCGUUGGAGAAGUUAGGCUGCUCUGGUCCUCUCACCAUCACUGCUGUGGGCAACUUAAAACACACACCUGAGCACGUCCUGCGAGGGUUAUCUUCCUCCGGAAUCGUUGUUAAACACAGCCCAUGCGGCGGCAGAAACAUUUCGACUUACAUUCGUAAUUGGACACUCGACAAUCCACCUCCGGCUAAAAUAAUGUUCAUAUCCGAUUCCUUCGGUGUUAAGAGCGUCUCUCGUUCUCUUUCCUGGCUACAAGCUCGUGGGUUCAACAUUCUCCUGGCUUGUGAAGAUACUCUUAAUCAAGCUUCAGCCACUUGUGCUGGGUGGCUCUGGAAAACCUUACUUGAAGGGGAGACAACAAGAAGACAGCCUCUUCAAACCGGUGAAUCUGCCCGUUUUUUUUGCACCGUAUGCGUUGAUGUUAAAAGCUACGAGUGUUUUUCAUGCCAAAGCCUUGCAGAUUUCACCAUGCAUCUCUGGGGUAAAGAACAUGGAGCUAGAGAGUUUGAUUGCACGCCUCGGGAUCUAACCAUUGACAAAGACUACUUGAAGAUGAUGGCCGGAGAUGAUGAUGAUGAUUCUAGUUCUAAUAGGAUAGUGAAGGAAUUGCUUGAAUCUUUGGAAACCUAAGGUAGAGUUGAGCAAGAGGAUGAAGAAGUCGAAUAAGAGGAAGACUAUGUCGAGAAGGGACGUGAAAACAUGGUGAAUGGUUGUGACUAUUGGUUGUUCUUAUUUCUUGUGGUGAAUUGUUUUUUUCCUUUUAAUUAUUAUCUAAGGUAACCGCCGGAUAUUAUGUAUGGGUUUGAGGGCAAAUCAUUAAAGUUUGAAUGUUGAACUAAAACUUUAUCAUAGGAAAAUAAAAUUAGACUCU